ACAAAGCAAAAUAAUAAAUUAAUACAAAAUUAUGAAGUAAAUAAAACUGUAAGUUAUGAAAUUCAUAAAAAUAUGGUAGCUAUAUUCUUCUAAAUAGGAUCAGAGUGAACGGUGCUCUCGAGAUCCAAAAUGAAUCCAUUAAAUUUACUGCAGGAUGUAUUCGACACUAUACAAGAGUACAGAUGGCUCAUAGAGAUAGCAACCGACUGCUAUCCCAUCACAGCGAUGUCGAAGAUUCACACAGCAUGAAUCUACAAUGCUAUCUGACUUCAAUCUGUUCAACCUCAAGAAAGCUAUAAACUACGCGAGAUUUUUCGAUGUAGAGACCUCAUCUACGCCAUCUUGGUUACAAACGUCAAAAAGCGCGCCAGAAAUGUCAACCAACCAAAAUUCUACAUCAUCUGUGGCCGGCCAUUCCAGCCUGGCAACGUCCUCGCUUACAACAGAUGAUACUUUGAGUAUGAUAACAACUCCGUGGACUACAGAGUCGUGGGAGUCGCAGUACGUAUCGCCACCAACAAACGCUUACAUAUCUUGGUCGAGCACGGAUAGAAUGUUUAUUUUAUCAUCCUUAUCUUUCGACCCGCAAUCAUCGUCGUCGUCUAGUCCUCCAAGCUUGGAUAUACGAAGUGACAGCAGAUUGACUAUGACACUGUAUAAUAACAGCUCUAUGGAUCGUGGGAGUCCAGUGCUCAAGCCCGUGGAGGUGAUGUCUUCUACAACAUCAUCUACAUUUAGUUCAUGGACGAUAGAAUCAUUUACGAGUGACGGUAGAUUAUUAUCAGACUGCAAUUCAAAGUUAAUAAAGGCGUAUUGUCAGUGGAGCGACAGCUCAUACUCUUUAUACAGUGAAACUGAUAUUUAUCCCAGCACUUUGAACUCGAGAAGUUUCAUUUUAUCGUCUCCCAGUAUCCAUACAGAAAGCUUUGAUUUAUCAUCCGUAGAACUUCAAAAUGAUAUCUUGGUUAAAUAGAU